AUGGGCCCCACAAAUGUGGCAAUAGGACUGAUGCUUUUAUCACAGAAUGCUGUUGGAAUUCUGGGAAAUUUCUCUGUACUUUAUUAUCAUUUGGUGCUUUCCUGCAGUGGGUGCACAUUAAGGUCCACAGAUUUGAUUCUUGGGCACCUUAUGGUAGCCAACUCUUUGGUCAUUCUCGCUAGAGGAAUUCCCCACACAAUGAUUGCUUUUGGGCUGAGAUACUUCUUCAGUAUUUCUGGAUGCCAUGUUAUUUUGUAUAUUCAGCGGGUGGGCAGGAGUGUGUCCAUUUUCAUCACCUGCCUCUUGAGCAUCUUCCAGAACAUCACCAUCAGCCCCAUGAACUCCUGUUGGAAGGAUCUCAAAGGAAAAGCUCCAAAGUACAUUGGCUUCUCCAUUUCCCUCUGCUGGAUCCUGUACAUGGUGGUGAAUUCCAUUUUUCCUCUCUAUAUACACAGCAAAUGGAACAGUGUAAACACAACAGAGAAAAGGGAUUAUGGGUACUGUUUUACUGUAGGUCGUGAAAAAUUCACAGAUUCAUUAUAUGCAGCAUUAUUUGUAUUUCCUGAGGUUGUAUUUUCCGUGCUCAUGAUCUGGUCCAGUGGCUCCAUGGUUCUCCUUCUGUACAGGCACAAGCAGAGGGUUCAGCACAUUCAUAGCAUCAAAGCUUCCCCAAGAUCCUGCCCUGAGUCCAGAGCCACCCAGAGAAUCCUUGUCCUGGUGGGAACCUUUGUGACUUUCCACACCCUCUCCUCCCUAUUAAGUCUUUAUAUUGCUCUGUUUUCAAACCACGUUUGGUGGGAGGUGAACAUUAAUGACCUAAUUUCACUGUGUUUUCCCACUGUCAGCCCCUUUCUUCUCAUGACCCAUGAAUUCACGACACUUGAGCUCAUGGUCUCCGCCUCCCCACUGUAUCCUUUGUCCCCAGGACUGCUGCACCCAUAG